AUGGAUGUCGUAGCAUUCCUCAACAACGCGUGGGUCGGAGAGAGCUCCCAAUUGACCCCAUUCAACCAAGCAGGGCCCCGACAAGCACAGGGCGCCGGGCCACAGGCGGAGUGGGAUCAUGCUGUUCCCUGGAUAAGCAGCAGCUCGAUGGAAGGAGUCACUGGAUCGCCGACCAAGGUUGAUGUCAUCAUUGAAAAUUACUGCAUGGAGAUAAAUACUGGAAAACACACCGGAAAAGCUUCGUGGAAAUACAUGUCGGUUACAAGCCACAUCCCGGCAUUUGAAAGACGAGACGAAACGAAGAAGUUAUGGCCGCAUGUGGAUGCGGGGAGGAAAGUUGUUCUACGCUCGUUCUUGCAGGGCUGGAUCCAAAUCCUUGAAGCCGGCAGGGAGGAGAGGUUGACAUGUAACAUCUACAGUAUCCUUAUGGCCAGGACGAAUAUGUGGGUGUAG